AUGCCAGAUCGCGCCGAGAUGCCUGCCGAGAUGGUGGGCGAAGUUCGCGAGUCUAUCGAGGCUAAGACAACUGAGGAGGCCAAUGCCGGCGAUAUUGAAGAGCAGGAGCAAGAAAUGCGCACUUCGAGACAGGUCGUCGGCGAUAGAGGUGUUCCUAACGGCAUACGCGCCCCUUCAGAAGCAGAGGCUGAUGCCGACGUCGAAGUUGACGCGGAUGCGGAUGGCGAGCCCGAAGAGGAGCAUGCGCCAAACCGUCUCGAUCAUGACAUGUUGACCAUUAUCGAAAACACGGCGAAUUACCUCUCUAGCUACAAGGAUGCCGACGGCUACCAUGUUGCCUCCCACUUCCAGCGCAUUCCCAACAGACGGCUCAUUCCCGACUAUCACGAGGUCAUCAAAGAGCCUAUUGCUUUUAGCACGAUUCGGACCAAGAAAUUAAAAAAACAGUACACCGCAUUUUCCGAGUUCGUGAGGGAUGUGGCCCUUAUCUCACACAAUGCCAUGGUUUAUAAUCGGCCAUCCUCGGAAUUCUUCCAAGAUGCCGUUCGUUUGCGGGAGAUUUUUCAGGAGGAGCUUCAGAAGUUGGUGGAUGAGGGAACUGUCAAACCUGAGGACGCCGUUCUCCCCGAUUUGGGGGAGAUUCCAGACACAGAGGAUUCCCCCCUCCCGGACCGAGAUGAAGAUGGAGCUGAGGAAGAUGAUGAAGACGACGACGAAGACGACGACGACGACGACGAAGAUGAAGACGAUUCGGACGACGACGGACGACAGCGAGGAAGACGUGGCGGCCGCCAAUCUACUUUAGCGCGCAGGCCCGAUACGAAGGACGGUUCCCACAAGAAGCGCGGCCGCCCUCCCAAGGUUUUCACCCCACUAGAAGCUCGAAUUCACGCCCUGCUCAAAGGUCUUCGCAAGUACAAACAUCCCAACGGAGAUCUCCUAAUUGUCCCGUUCGAGAGACUGCCGGAUAAGCAGACAGCACCCGACUAUUUUGCUGCUAUUAAGGAUCCCAUAGCGCUAGACCUCAUCAAGAGGAAAGCUAAGCGGAAGAAGUACCAUAAUGUGGAUCAAGUUCUUAAAGAUCUAGAAUUACUGUUCGAGAAUGCGAAGCAGUACAAUGAAGAGGGCAGCCAGGUAUAUAAGGACGCAGUUGAGUUGCAGAGUCAAGCGCGCCUCCUGGCAGAGCAGGAGAAAGCCAAGCCGGACAACGAUUUCGAAGAUGAAGACGGCAGGCGACCAUUGCUAGAAAUAACCCACAGGGGGGAGGUAUGGAGAGUGGGCGAUUGGGUUCACAUCGCGAACCCGAACGACUCGACGAAGCCCGUCGUGGCUCAGAUCUACCGAACGUGGGAGGACAGGUCGGGCCAGAAGUGGGUGAAUGCGUGCUGGUACUACCGGCCGGAGCAGACCGUGCAUCGUUUCGAGAAGCACUUUCUCGAGAACGAGGUGGUCAAGACGGGCCAAUACCGCGACCAUCACAUCGAUGAGGUGAUUGACCGGUGUUUUGUCAUGUUCGUGACGCGCUAUAACAAGGGCCGGCCGCGAGGGUUCCCGAAGGACAAAGAGAUAUACGUUUGCGAGGCUCGGUACAACGAGGAGAAACACAGACUCAACAAGAUCAAGACGUGGGCCAGCUGCGUGCCGGACGAGGUCCGCGAAAACGAUUACGAGAUGGACAUAUUUGACACGCCGCGAAAGCUGAGGAAAGUGCCCAGCCCGAUCAAGCAUCUCCUCCGAGACGACGCGAAGCCGACCGACCCGCUGCCCAAGCCGACCUGGGGAGCGCCGAACGCACCGCCGCUGAUUGGAGCCGUACAUUGUCGUGAGAGGGAGCCCAAUGAAUCUCCGCCACCGGGGCCGUCGCCGUCUCCCCCACCACCGCACGCCACCGUCGAUGCGGCGCGCCGUCCAUCCAUGAUGUCGGUAGCGCGCUCUGUUGACGGCCAGGGUGACAUCGCAAUGGGUAACACGCCUCACUUCGCUGCCAUCCAGGCCCCGCCUACCCCGACACCGCCGCAGCAUACCGGCGCCUAUGCGUCGCCCCAUCCCUAUGCGCCGCGCCCCAGUCCCACGCCGAUCCCUGUCCCUCCGUACGGCAAUCAUAUCGGCGUCGCCGCUCCCACCCCCCACCCCGGCCUCCCGGUUCAGGGCGUGCCGGCCGGUCAUCAUGUACCUCACGGCCAUACCACAGCGCCGAUGGCCCAGCCGCAGCACUACCAGCUUCACCAAGUUCACCAACCGCCCGUCUACAACGGCUAUCCCCCUCAGUUCGGCGCUACAUCCGUUUCUAUCCCGCACCAGCCUCAACCCCCGCCUCAUCAAAUCCACAACAGUCCCGUGCCCGGCUACGACGCAUCGCAUCGUCUUGCGCCGUCCCCCGUCCGGAAUGCCAUCGCUGCCGCACCCACUCCUAUACCACACGUGCAAGCCAACGCAUACAAUCCUCCUCGUCCCAUCGAGGUCUACCAUCUGGAUGACACACUGGAUGCCCAGAUUCCGCAAGAAAUCCGCGAGCAGUUCCAGCGUGACCAACUCGGCCGCGUGCUGUUCUUUACCCAACCACCUCUUGACCGCCCGCACCGUGGCCUGUCGAGUGAGAGUGCCGAUCUUAGUCAUAGUGCCCGCUACCUAGCUGAUCGUGCACGUGAAAUUGAUGACCGCCGGGCGAAGCGCAAGGCGCAGCAUGAGCUGCGCCGGGGGGAUGAGAAGAAGCGACAGGAUAUGGAGGCGCUCACGGGCGAGAGGAAGAACAAACAGCUGGCUGACCUCGCUGGUGAUAUUUUUGUCGGGUGGGUCGACUCGUUGAAGGAAGAGAAUAGGAAGCUGGAGGCGGCAUACGACGGCUGGAGCGUUCGCGACGAAGAUAUCGAUGCCAUCAAGCUAUCUACUACGACGGAGGUGGGCUAG